AUGGAUAAUAGACAGUUUUAUCACGGUAGUCAAUAUAACACCCCUUCGCCCGUGGUUUUUCCAUCCGCAUCGCCUACUCCUAAAUUAUAUAGCACACCCUCAAAGAAAUUGCCAGAAGUGCAGCCAUGGCAAGGCACUGGGAUAGAGUCGGUACCCAUAAAUCAUCAUGAUCUUCACAAUGAAAAAGAAGAGGAUUAUCAUCAACAUAAUCAUGACUAUAGUCAUUACAAUAGUAGAGAAAAAUCAGCUGGAAUUACACCAACAAUUUCACCAUUGUCUAUGAUGAUGGAAAGCGACACAUUGCUAGAUGAUGAAGAUAUUUCGUCGUAUCGGUUUAGUGAAGAAGAUUUGCUAUCCUCUAUUUUAUCAUCCAGGUCUCCUUCUUUACGUCCUAGACCUGUUUCGUUCACAUCAUCCUCUCCACAGGAAGACGAAGAACAUGAGGAAGGAUCUAAACCUAUUGUUGGUAGUCCGUUUGCACCUGUACCUAAUCAAGAUCCUAUCAUUGAACGGCCCAGCCGCUUUUCUUUGGAAACAAGUUUUAUACCAGAAGAAGCAAUUUCACCUGCUUCCUCCUCCAAAAUUUCAUUUGGUAAAAACCUAAUGUCUCGCAUGAAAAAAGCAGCUUCGGGAAAGCCAUUUAAAUAA